UACAUUGAAAACUCCACACAUAGUUAAAAAAAAAUUAUGUUACAAAAUCUUGGCGGAGUUUUCUAUUCUAUAGUUAAUAGCUUAUGAAUUUGUCAACAAGUUUUAAUCUUUUUUAAAAAAACUUUCUUUUUGUGGGAUUAACUUUGAUAAAAAUUUCUGGGGUUUUGGUUUUCUUUGUAAAGAUGGCAGUAGUGGGAGAUUUAGCUUUGAUGGGGACUAAGAUUAAGUUAAUUGGUAAAUUGGAGAAAAGGGUAUUUGGUGUUCCACUUUCUACAAGUCCAAGAUUUAGUUUUUCUCAGACUAGAAAUUUGGAUGUCAGCAAAUCAAGAACUGCAGUCAGAGCAGUGCUGCAGGUUGAGAAAAUUCAAAGUUCAGGUGAAUUAAAAGAAGGGUCUUUAGGCUUUGAUGUUGUGUCAGAAAGGGAGCUUAAAGAAAAUGGAUUUUUGGGGUUAAGGAAGACAAAGCUUGUGUGUACAAUUGGACCAGCUUGUUCUUCUAUAGAUGAGUUGGAGAAAUUGGCUAUUGCAGGUAUGAAUGUGGCUAGGCUUAAUAUGUGUCAUAACUCAAGGGAGUGGCAUCAAGAUGUUAUUAGGAAGAUUAAGAAGUUGAAUCAAGAAAAGGGUUAUUGUGUAUCAGUUAUGAUUGAUACAGAGGGGAAUCAAAUACAAGUUGAUCUUGGCUCUUCAUCUUCUGUCAAAGCAGAGGAGGAUUCAAUCUGGUACUUUACUACUGAGAAGUUUGAAGGUUCUCGUCCAUUUACAAUUCAAGCAAAUUAUGAAGGUUUUUCUGAAGGUGUCAAUUCUGGUGAUGAAAUUGUCAUUGACGGAGGAAUGGCAACUUUUGAAGUUAUAGAGAAAGUUGGUAAUGGCUUGCGCUGCAAGUGCACAGACCCCGGUCUACUUCUGCCUAGAGCUAAGUUGAGUUUUUGGAGAGAUGGAAAGCUUUUAGGAAGAGAUUAUGAUCUCCCGACUUUAUCAACAAAGGAUUGGUCAGACAUUGUGUUUGGAAUAUCAGAAAAUAUUGAUUUCAUUGCAGUUUCAUUUGUAAAAGACGCGGGGGCAAUCACGCAUCUGAGGGACUACCUCACAACUACAUCGUCCAAGGCAAUAAAAGUGUUGGCAAAGAUAGAGAGCCUAGAGUCUCUCCGAAGGUUGGAAGAGAUUGUUGAGGCUUCUGAUGGAAUUAUGAUAGCAAGGGGAGAUCUAGGAGUUGAGAUUCCACUUGAACAGAUUCCAUCUGUUCAGAAAGAUAUUACUUAUGUUUGCAGGCAGCUCAACAAGCCCGUUAUUGUGGCCUCUCAACUUCUAGAGUCAAUGGUGGAAUACCCCACUCCAACACGAGCAGAGGUUGCAGAUGUUUCUGAAGCGGUACGACAGUAUGCUGAUGCAUUGAUGUUAUCUGGUGAGUCAGCCAUUGGAUCAUAUGGAAUGAAGGCUCUUUCUGUCUUGCGUACAACUAGCACCCGAAUGGAACAAUCAUGUCGCGAAGAGAACAGGCAAACUUUGUUGCAUCAGCGCAAACUUGGAGCAUCUUUGCCAGAUCAAAUUGCUGAGCAAAUCUGCAAUUGUGCAGUGGAAAUGGCUGACAACCUAGGGGUGGAUGCUAUAUUUGUGUACACAAGGCAUGGGAAGAUGGCAUCUCUUCUCUCACGCAAUCGUCCAAAUCCUCCAGUAUUUGCCUUCACGAACAACAGCAGCACACAGAUGGCUCUCAAUUUGCAGUGGGGAGUUACUCCCCUUCUCACUGACCUUUCAGACGACAUGGAAGGAAACGUUAAGAAAACAGUGGAACUUAUAAAAGCAAAGGGGAUGAUAAAGAAGGAUGAUGCUAUUUUGGUGGUAUCAGAUAUCAUUCCAAUUUCUACUGCCCAAACAAUUUUCCAGUCCAUUCAGGUUAUGACCAUAACAUAGGAUAUCUUUUCAAGUAGAAUAUUGCAUUAUGAUUUCUUGUAUGUUUGGAAAAGAGACUUCUUUUACUAUUUUGAGGACACCUACUUUUGUUGUAUGCCAUAUUCUGUUCAGUUUUUGGUUUUUA